GUGACACGGUGGGGGAGGCCCCGGCCCUUGACGGGAUGGGAAAACUAUGCCUGGGGCCAGCGCAGGGCUGGGGCAGCCGCUGAGGGAGGCGGGGACGCGGAGUGCCACAGAGCGCUUCCUCUGCAGCUCCGGACGUCCCUGGACUAGGCUGGGCUCCGAAGGCGACCACGAUGAUCCCCUGGGUGCUCCUGGCAUGUGCCCUCCCCUGUGCUGCCGACCCACUGCUUGCUGCCUACGCCCGCAGAGACUUCCAGAAGGGCUCCCCUCAACUGGUCUGCAGCCUGCCUGGCCCCCAGGGCCCCCCAGGACCCCCAGGAGCCCCAGGCCCCUCGGGAACGGUGGGAAGAAUGGGCUUUCCUGGCAAAGAUGGCCAGGAUGGCCAGGACGGGGACCGGGGUGACAACGGCGAGGAAGGUCCACCUGGCCGGACAGGAAACCGGGGAAAGCAAGGACCAAAGGGCAAAGCUGGGGCCAUCGGGCUGGCUGGCCCUCGUGGUCCCAAGGGGGUCAGUGGUACCCCUGGGAAGCAUGGCACACCAGGCAAGAAGGGGCCCAAGGGCAAGAAGGGGGAGCCAGGCCUGCCGGGCCCCUGCAGCUGCGGUAGUGGCCGGCCCAAGUCGGCUUUCUCAGUGGCGGUGACCAAGAGCUACCCUCGGGAGAGACUGCCCAUCAAGUUUGAUAAGAUUCUGAUGAAUGAGGGUGGCCACUACAACUCCUCCAGUGGCAAGUUCAUCUGCGGUGUGCCGGGCAUCUACUACUUCACCUACGACAUCACCCUGGCCAACAAGCACCUGGCCAUCGGCCUCGUGCACAACGGCCAGUACCGCAUCCGGACCUUCGACGCCAACACUGGCAACCACGACGUGGCCUCGGGCUCCACCAUCCUGGCUCUCAAGCAGGGGGACGAGGUCUGGCUGCAGAUCUUCUACUCAGAGCAGAAUGGGCUCUUCUACGACCCUUACUGGACCGACAGCCUCUUCACAGGCUUCCUUAUCUAUGCUGACCAGGACAACCCCAACGAGCUAUAGACUGGCCAGUGUGUGGCCUCCGGGCAGGGACCAGCCUUCUGGACUGGUGCUAACAGAGCAAGAGCCCUGAACUGUCAUGUCACUGGGGCUGGGAGCCUCGGAAGCUACUACCCUCAGGCUGACCUCCUUGGCUGCUUUUUAGGUUUUCCAUCAUUAAAUCCAAGUGUUUUUAACUCA